AUAAGAUGCCUAGGGUUUUUGAUCAGCUCACAAGAAUAAAUAGUCGGGAGACUUAUGAACCAAGCUAAAAAUGCGUUCCGAAAUAUCUUGCUCCAUGGUGCACGAUCUGCUGGAGUCACAAAAAUGCAAAUUUGUGCAAACGACACCUGAUUGUCUAAUCAAUAUGAAUUUGUUCAACUACCUGGGAUGGCAUUAUUGCAAGGUGGAUGUCCGAAAUAGUUUCAAUUCCUUCUGGAGUGUGUUGGGCAUGUUUCUGAUUACCAUUUAUGUCUUCUGGAUGAUGCAAAUAACAAUAAAAAACUACUUCUGUCCAACUUUGAUGGUAAUCGCAGACUUAUUGCGAAUGAACGAGAGCACGGCUGGAGUUACAGUUCUGGCCAUUGCAAAUGGAUCACCGGAUUUCUUCACGGCGAUUGCCUCGAGAGUGCAGACCUCCAAGCACUCAUUCCUCUCGUGCAUGUCGCAGGCCAUGUUUCUGCACAUCUUUGUGGCCGGACUGGUGAUCCUGACCAAGCCCUUCAAUAUGCGGGCAAACACUUACCUGAGGGAUUUCGGUUUCCUGUUCCUCAAUACGGUCUACAUGGAUUACAUCCACAAGCGACCCAAGGGAAUCAGCUGGCUAGCUGCGUUGCCCAGUGCCUUCAUAUUCGUUGGCUAUGUGGUGGUGGCCAUCGUUGAUCAGCAUUUGCUGAUUGCCCGCAUUCAGAAAAUGGAGCAAAGACAACUGAAUGUGGCUGAGGCGUUGCAGCUGGAGGAACUGAAGCCGCAGAAGGAGAUGCCACUGAAGCGGCAAGAAAUCGAUCGACCCUCCAUUGGACACGGAAGUCGAAAUAAGCGAAUAUUCCGGCAAUUUUGGAAUACCGUUGCCGAAUUCGACAAGGAUCGAUUUCAUCGGGGAACCUUCCUGGUGAAGCUGUAUCUGAUAGUGAAGCAACCCAUCGAUAUGUUGUUGAGAAUACUCAUUCCAAAGGUCGACAUGGAGGCACCCCAGUACGGAUGGUCCAAGCUGCUCUUUAACAUCCAGGUGGUUCUUGUACCCACCUACAUAGCCUACAUAAUAGUUCGAGGAUAUAGCAUUGCGGGCUUAGCCGUCUAUAUGAUUGCGCUGAUCCUAAUGAUUCCUGUGGCUACAUUGAUAUUUUUUCUCACGCGCACUGACACCCCGCCCAUAUUUUUCAGGUUUACAUCUGGCGUGGGUUUCAUGGCCGCCGUCUUCCUGAUCUUCUGCUUAACCACCGAGGUGAAUGCCAUGUUCUUUACGAUGGCGACCAUAUUGCAAGUAAGCCAGGAAUUCUCACUUGCCACGGCCAUUUGCUGGGCACUAAGUAGCAACGAUUUGGUGGCCAAUCUGUCACUGGCCCAUCAGGGAUGGCCUCGCAUGGCAAUGACGGCCACAUUCUCAGCACCAGUAUUUGCAUCCUUUGUUUUCUUGGCCCUGCCAUUGGUGGUGAACUCGUUUGUAAACGCGCCCGGUAACAUAUUCCCAACGGAAGGUGGAUUUGGGGAGACGGUUUGCAUCUUCUUGGAGGUUGGAAUGGGCUUCUCCAUGCUUUCCGUACUAACCACAAACUUUAAGCUGCGACGAGCUUGUGGCUUUCUACUCGUUUCCUACUACAUUUUCUUCGUGGGAGUUCUAAUUCUGCUGGAGAAGGGCGUAAUCCAUGCAUACGGCGUGUAAACAGGAAGACAGCCUAUACUGGGAGUCUGAAACCCAUAACUUAUGCAAAUUGCGAGAUGAUUUAUGCCUCAUUAUAUAACCAAUUCCAUUC